GUAACCUUACCGGCCAAUUCAUCUAUAAAGCAGACCACUGGCUCUGGGCUCUUUAGCUGCUCCCCUUUCUUAGCUUGCGUCUCGACGAGUGUUUCCGAAGAGUAGAAAAAGAAGAAGAAGAAGAAGAAGAAGAAGAAGAAAUCGCUAGUCCAUCACAAUUGGACUCCCGGCGAUUUCUAUUCCGGCGAUCCAAAAGCUUUCUGGGUGCAAAUCGCGACCGUCAAAUUCCGGAGUCCGACGGCGAUGGGCCUUUCGAGCCUGCCGACCCCAUCCGAUAGCGUGCUCACUCUGGUGCUUGUCAACACCGCCCUCACCAUCUCCAUCCUGAAGCAGCUUCUCGGCUCCCUGACCCACCUCUUCCGACUACGCGCGGCGCCUCCACUGCCUUCGGAUCACGCCGCUGGGGAACAGGCUCAGGAGCCGCACAGCCUGACGGAGCGGUUCCGCACCUGGUGCAAGCCGGUUCGGUUCGGCUCCACCCUGGGGCGGAGGCGGGAGCGGACCGCCGACUGCCGCGUCUGCCUCGCCCGGUUCGAGCCGGACUCAGUGGUGAACCGUCUCCUCUGCGGCCAUUUCUUCCACAAAACCUGCUUAGAAAAGUGGCUCGACUACCAGCACGCCACUUGUCCCCUCUGCCGGACUCCCGUCCUCCCUGGCGAGGAACCGGGCGUUGCCUGCUUCAUCUCGACUUCUUCUUGGCCGUGGUUUUAGAUCGAAGGACAUGACGCCGGUCUCCAUGGACGAUGCAGGUGCGUUUCUAUGUAUGCAGCUACCCUCCUUCACAACACUGUUGUGUUGGUGCGGUGAAUACUAGUUUUUGUUCUCGGCUUCUUGUAGACAUGGUAUACUGUUCUGUACAGUCGCUAUUAAUCUAAAUUUGUUUUCACUCA